UCUGAACACGUGUUGUGUAGAUUUACAAAACGUUUUCAUUUUCUGAAGCGUAUUUCCCAAAAGAUCCUCAGUGAAGCAGCAAGCAGAGAGGUUUCUCUAAAGUUUCUUUAACAAAAAUAAUAAAUUUACUUAAAAGUCCCAAAAACUAAAUUAACAACAUGACCGAAGAAGUUAACUCAAAAGCUUUCCCCUUGGCCGAUGCCCAAUUGACCGCUAAGAUUAUGAACCUGUUGCAACAGGCCUUGAACUACAACCAGUUGCGCAAGGGUGCCAACGAAGCUACCAAAACUUUGAAUCGUGGUUUGGCCGAUAUCAUUGUCAUGGCCGCUGAUACCGAACCCAUUGAAAUUCUUUUGCAUUUACCAUUGUUGUGUGAAGAUAAGAAUGUUCCUUACAUUUUUGUCCGUUCCAAGCAGGCUUUGGGUCGUGCCUGUGGUGUUUCUCGUCCCAUUGUCGCUUGCUCUGUGACCACUAAUGAGGGUUCUCAAUUGAAGUCUCAAAUCACUUCAAUCCAGCAAGAAAUUGAAAGACUAUUAGUUUAAGUUAUGUUAGAAAAAGUAUUCCACGUGUUAAAUACUACCGCAUUUUGUACAAAUAGUGUUUACAAAGAAAUGAAAAAAUCGUUUUAAGAAAAUUUUAAAUAAAGAAAAAAUAUGUGUUUUUUUAUUUAAA